CAGUUCUCUUGUUUUUCAGACAGUUCUCAGAAAUCGGAACUAGAAAAACAAAUUCUGCAAAUCAUUUCUUCCUUUCUUCGAGACUUUUCCUGUCCCGAGCAUGGAUUUGCAGCAUGAAGAUUUGUUGAUCAGGCUGAGAGGCAAGCUAAAUGAGGAGAAAAUCAAACUAUGGGAGCCACCAUACGCCCAGCCAAACGGAGAAGUAUCUCCGAGUCUGCAAGACCUCGCCAAGAAAUAUUCAUCAGAGCUCUCUCUCAACUAUGAAGUUGUAUUCAACGCGUUGCAUGAACUGCAGCUGCAUUCGUUGGACCGGUCUAAAGCCAACACAGAGUUCAAGGAAACGGGCCUGGCUACCUUUCGGGUGAAGGCUACAGUUCCGGGCAACAAGCCGAACAUGCUACGAGUGCAGAAACGACUGGACAUUCAGGGCAGCGAACUGAUUAGCACUGUUGCUAAUGAAUUGGGAGUCACUGAUGACAGACUUAAGUUAAUUUUCAAUGGGAAGGUGAUAAAACCCACACCAAGUUUGGAUGAGCAAGGAGUCAAGAAUGGAGCUCAAAUCAUGGCUCUUGUUAUGGCUGCGGCCCCCGAGAUUGUGAAGAAGGAAGAUAACAUGUACAUGGAGAUGAAGGCGACCAGGGAUGACGCGCAGCUGCUCUCCGAGUACAUCGAUGACUUCGCUGAUGAUGACGAGUAUAUGAAACUAGAAGACCAGUCAGGCAACACAGUGGAGCUCCCACCAGCAGAGCGCAAGUCGCUCUUGGUGGGUCUGGCGCUGCACGAGCGAGGUCGCGCGGCCGCCAGACAGCGCGACUACUCCCUGGCGCUGGUACUCUUCCUAGAAGCCGAUCGGCAGUUCAAUGAAUGCAGAUCGUCGAUCCUGAAGACUGUGGACAACUGGGCGGUGCUGCAGCUGGACAUAGCGUGGUGCUACCUGUGCCUGCAGUCGCUGUCAGCCGCCAGCGACGCGGCCCACCGGCUGCAACGAGCAGAGGACUCCUUCACCGCCAGCUAUGGCCAGGACCAUCAGAGGCUCAUUGCUCUGAAGGGCACUGCUGCUAACGAGCGCGUUCUGAUAAUGCGCCUGUACCUGCUGCAAGGAAUCGUGGCGUACCAUCAGAACAAACGAGCCGAGGCACUGAGGUUGUUCGAGAAGGCAGAGGUUGAGUUGAACGCGCUUAGGGUGGACGAGAACUCGGUAUCCGCGCUAACAGAGCUCGGCUGGUCGCGCGGCCAAGCGCGAGCCGGACUCCGAGCGGCGGGGGGGCAGCUGGACCGCGCGCACCACUACCUGCACAGCAAGAGGCAGGAGCGGGACCAGGCCCGGGACCAACACAAGAUGGAUCGACAAAAGCGUCUUCUGGGCGUCUGCGAAGACGGCAGUCCGGUGAACCCUAAGCUGGUAGAGGCCCUGGUGGGGAUGGGGUACUCGCGCCGGCUGUGCAUUGUGGCGCUGCGGAACGCGAACAACCACGCCGCCGAUGCCGUCAGGCUCAUACAGGAGCAGCCUGAACUGUUGGCAGACAGCGAGAUGUCAUCUGAUGACACGGCGACGCCUAGUUCCGAUGAAUCUCUCGUCGAGCCAGACAACAGGCUUGUUGCUGAGCUGGAGGCGAUGGGGUACGCGGCGGUGGAGGCGCGCGCGGCGCUGCGCAUGCGCGGGAACCGCGUGCACGACGCCGUCGACCUGCUGGUGGCUGGCGGGGGCCGCGUCACUGACGAUGGGGCAGGCAACCCGUCCACAAGCACAGGCACCAGCGACAAGAAGAGAUCGAGAAAACAUAAGAAGGAUAAAAGCAAGCGCCGCGAGCGCGAGCUGGCGCUGGCGCGGCUGUCGGCCGCCAUCCGCGGGGAGGAGGACGAGCACCUGCACUCCUCGCUGCAGGAUGAGGAACACUUCCUGGCGCAGUACAAGAGCCUGCUCUAAGGUGUCGUCGUAGCACCGAUCUCCACAGAUUUUCCACAAAUGGUAUCAACUUGGCUGGACAAAGGAGUGCUGAGGAUGCCCAGCUCAGACAGUGGAGGUUUCUGCAGGAAUCAGAGCUAUUGUUAAUAUGUGUGAUGUCUUCAUAACCUCAUGAAUAUAAUUAUAGCUGUAGAAAGAAGAAUAUAUCGAUCUGCCAAUAAUGUUUUAAAGCAUGAAAUAUUUGAUUUAUUACAAUAUUAUAUUAUAAUGAACUGUUAGACCCGUCCUCUACCUCUAUAUUGGACUUAAAAAUAUUUUCAUAUAAUAACUAUAAAAAUAAUGUGUACACAGGGUGUUAGUGACAUCGUAACGAAAACUUUGAGAGAUGAUUCAGACCAAGAUUCUGAGUUGAUAUCAAGUGAAAUUGUCCGUCGCCAAAGUAUUGAACUAAAAAUAAUUAAAAAACACUAAAAUUUUCAUGUAUUUUACAUACAUACAUACAUAAACUCACGCCCGUAAUCCCAAAUGGGGUGGGCAGAGCCACAAGUAAUCAAAGACAACUUGCAGCCACUGUUGAUACGAAGUCCUAAGAUGGAUAUGAUGAACCUUAUGGUGAUAAGGGAUCAGCCUAUCGCCCAUAACAUUAGUCCAUCAUGUUAGAGGACGCAAUCCCUCUGUCGGUUUUUACGACAUGCCCGGGAAGACAAGCAGCUGAACGUAUUUUCCGGCAGGAAAUUCCACUUGACAUCAACUGGGAAUCAUAGUCUGAAUCACCCCCCUCAAUAUUCGUUACGUUAUCACUAACACCCUGUAUAAUGGUGUAACCAUAAAAUAAUACUUCACUCAAGUUCUAAGUAUACCAACUGUUUUUUCUAAAAAUGACUGUGAACUUAGUAUGUCCCACUGCUGGGCACAGAUUGUUCCAUCGGUAAGAUAGUACAUCACAUCACGAUGGAGUAAACACUAUCUCUUAUUCGAGUUGCGCGAAAUGCCCAGGACGAAAAGCAUAACAAUUGGGGUAGUCAGCACCUCAAACAUUCAUAGAAUGAUGUACUUAAGUAGCCACACGUCACCGGUCUUUCUGUUAGACCAACGUGAUAGGCGGUGAGCUGAAUCGCCGAAUUCAAAUUCAAAAAUAUCUUUAUUCAGUAGGUAACAUAGUUACACUUUGAAUCGUCAAUUUUUACAUAACGAACAUCUCAUCCGCCUAAAACUACUGCAGCUUCUCACAACCUGUAUAGCCGGGGAAAAGAAGCUGCAAGAAAAACCUCUGCACAGGGCCCUAGACGUUCUUUAAAAAAAUAAAAAUAAACAUAAAAUAUUGGUAUACAAUUGAGUAAUUUAGCUGCCUAAUAUCAGUUCUAAGACAGUUAAUCCCAUGCAUUCAUAUCUUCUAAAUAAUCACUAACUAAUGGUCGAGCUAACUGUGUUAGUCUAAUUUGCACUUAAGUUACAGAACCACAUUAAUGCAAUUGAACGCAGUUUAUGUUUUUCCAUCCAGUGUCCAGCAGAAAACUGACAGUGGACCCAAUGUAUGUUGUAUUAAGGUAUACUAUAGUAGUAGGAUUUUCAUUGCCAUGCAUGUCUCAAAGACUGUUCAGUAGGGCUAACAUGCAUCAUCGAUUCAAAAAAAAUUGUCGAAAUCGAUAACUUUGUUUUUUUCCCUAACAUGAGUGAUUUUGUUCGUAUUUUGACGGAACGACAUGACUUAUUUGGGUUCACAUAUUAGCACUAAUCAACAAAACGACAUAGUUAUAUCGUCAGAGUCGAUAAAACCGGCAAAAUUCCCUCAUCACCAUCAUCAGCCCAUUAACGUCCCCACUGCUGGGGCACGGGCCUUCCCUAUGGAUGGAUAGGGAGAUCGGGCCUAAACCAUCACGCGGGCCCAGUGCUGAUUGAUGGUUAUUAACGACUGCUAAUGCAGCCGGGACGAACGGCUUAACGUGCCUUCCGAAGCACGGAGGAGCUCGAGAUGAAAACUUUUUUUUUUGUGGUCACUCAUCCUAUGACCGGCCUUUGCGAAAGUUGUUAAAGAAGAAAGAUGUUAGCCCUACUGACAAUGAUUGUUAUAUAAUCAUAAAACUAACAUUGGUCCUGAUUCCUGCAAACACCUCCUAACUUUAUUUUAGGUUAUACCUGUCAUUUACUUAUCCGCCAAAAUAGAAAAGGAGACUCCUGUUAAUUUUAAAUGAAUGAAUGAAUAACCCGGGCGAAUCAAAUAUGCAUCUUGCUGGUAUGCAACCCGUCUGACGUGUGCUGUCAUCUUAAUUCUGUCGAGUUAGUCUUCUUCUAAUCUUUUUAUCCGAUGUUGGGAUGUAAGGCUCGAAUAACAGAUUUCCACUCCUCGCGAUCCUUUGCAGCCUCUGUAGCUUGCUCCCAUGACAUGCCGAGCGUCUUUAACUCUCGGUCAACCGAACGUCGCCAGGUCUCUUUGGGCCGCGCCUUUUACGUUUUCCACGCGCACACCAGGUCAGAGCUUGUCGGGACGGGACCUCCACAGGUCUUCUAAGGACAUGGCCAAUCUGCUUUCAGGUUAGUAGCCAAUGUAAAAUUUUGAGAAAGAAGGUUGUUCAAAUUUCUGCUCAAAAUUGACGUGUGUUAUCGAUUACCCGUCCCUUUCCUUUUCGACGGAUAAGAAAAUGACAGGUAUAACUUAAAAUAAAUUUACAUGGUGUAUACUGGAAUUAGCACCAUUAUUUUAAUAUAAUUUAUGUACUAUAAGUAUAUCUACGUCUAAUGCGUCUGUCAAUUUGUGUGAUUGAAAUAAAAACAUGUAUACAAAUUAUAUAA